UCUUGUCAAUUGUCAUUCGUCUCUCGAUCGAGUUGUGUCUUUUGUUUGUAGUUAUGAAAUACGAGGUAUUGUACGAAAUAAAAUAAUUUCAGUUAGUUUAAACGAAGCGAAAAUGGAUGUAGUGGAUCUAUUGAGCAACAUAAACGAUAAAGCGAACAUGUUCGCUGUCACGACUUGGACAUCAGAAUGGUCGAAUAAUUUCCAAGAGAAUCAAUUGCUGUGGUCUUUCUGUGGCUGCCUUUUAGUAUCCUUGCUGAUCGUAUUCUUUUAUUACUAUAGGAGAUGGCGAGUCAAAGAAUUAGUUGGCGAUGUCUGCGCGUCAGGGGCUGCAGGGGAGCCGGCGAAGCGUUUCAGAAAACGCGACAAGAUGAUGUUCUACGGUAGACGUAUGUUAAGAAAAGUCAAGUCCAUAUCAAACUCUGGUCAGGGUCGCAAGAGGAGAGCUGUCAUGAGGUUCGCGCGUAAACUCCUACAGCUCAAAAAAGACUCCGCUCCUGAACAACUUAAGGUACUGGAACCACCAGCAGAAUACUUGGAAGAGGACCUCACAAGUGACGAUCGAGUUCCACCGGAUGCUCUAUACAUGCUGCACAGCAUCAGAGUUUUCGGGCACUUCGAGAAACCAGUCUUCCUAAUGCUUUGUAAACACACUGAGAUACUGAACUUGCCUGCUGGCUCAUUCCUGUUCAAAGUUGGUGACACCGACGAAAAUGUAUACGUGGUUCAAACUGGUCGCGUGAACGUAUACAUCACGAAUCAAGAUGGAAGCAGUCUCUCGUUGAAGGUCGUCAGGGCGGGAGAGAGCGUCACGUCUUUGCUUAGCUUUACUGAUGUUCUCACGGGUCACUCGCAACCUUACAAGACAGUGAACGCCAAAGCUCUUGAAGAUUCGCAAGUCAUAAAGCUGCCAAUGAGAGCUUUCCAAGAAGUAUUCAAAGAGUACCCCGACAUAUUCGUCAGGGUAAUACAGAUCAUCAUGGUUCGUCUUCAGAGGGUAACGUUCACAGCUCUUCACCAGUACCUUGGCUUGAGUGCUGAACUUGUAAAUCCUGGCAAAGAGAAACGUCGACCGAUGACGGUUUCGUCGUCUCCAGGGAAGACAGCAAAGGCGCCAGUUGACAACCUGUCGCACUCCCCGCACCCCGCCGACAAGUCCACCCCGGAUCACGUGGAGGGAGGGCAUCAAGUCUCCUCGCCCAUCCACAUCCAGGGUCGGCGUCAGAGGCCCGACAUGGUGCCCGACGUAACAUCGAACACACUGCAGCAGCCGGACGUGCAACCGACAUCCUCGCUGUCGCGCAGCAAGGAGGGCAGUUCCUCGUUCAAGAAGCACAUCAAUGACAACCUAGACGAGAAGGCAUUAACUCAAAUAGCAACCGACGCGUUCGUGAAGGAGCUGGGUCUGGAGAACGAGCAGCUCUUGCAGGGGAGCGUCCAAGUGCGGGACCUGCCCGCCGGGACCUACAUCAUGAAGGAGGAGAGCCAUAAGGACGUGGCAUUGGUAUAUUUGCUAUCCGGAGCUCUGCUGGUGUCACAGAGAGUGGCUGAAGGUGAGGGCGAAGUGCACAUGUUCACAGCCUAUCCAGGUGAAGUGGAAGGCGGACUUGCAGUUCUAACGGGCGAGCCAAGUUUCUUUUCUAUACGAGCGAAACACUUCUCGAGGAUCGGUCUGCUGUCCAAGACCACUGUGUACAGCAUCAUGAGAGAAAGACCCUCGGUGGUGUUGCACAUCGCCAACACCGUCGUGCGGAGACUGUCGCCGUUCGUGCGCCAAGUGGACUUCGCUCUGGAUUGGGUGUUUCUAGAGUCUGGCCGCGCGGUCUACCGCCAGGACGAGGAGUCGGGGUCUACUUUCAUCGUGCUAAGCGGUCGGUUGAGAUCUGUCAUCACGCAUCCGAAUGGAAAGAAGGAACUCGUCGGCGAAUAUGGAAAAGGAGACUUAGUUGGAAUAGUGGAGAUGGUGACGCAGACUCGUCGGAGCACAACGGUGAUGGCGGUGCGGGACUCGGAACUGGCGAAGCUGCCCGAAGGCCUCUUCAACGCCAUCAAGCUGAGGUUCCCGGUCGUCGUGACUAGGCUGAUCAACUUGCUGGGACAUAGGAUUCUAGGUUCCUGGCAGAAGCCGACGCGGAGUCUGGGCGGCGCGCCCGCGAUCGACUCGAGGCCGUUGCAGCACAACUUCAGCACGGUGGCCGUGGUGCCCGUCAGCGACGACGUGCCCCUCACCGCCUUCACCUACGAGCUGUACCACUCGCUCUGCGCCAUAGGUCCAACGGUCCGUCUCACUUCGGAUGUCAUAAGGAAACUGCUCGGUCUAACGAUAAUGGACCCGAAUAACGAGUACAGACUAAGCUCUUGGCUGGCGCAACAAGAAGAUAAACACAAGGUGGCGCUGUACCAGUGCGACCCGAGCCUCACGCAGUGGACGCAGCGCUGUAUCCGGCAGGCCGACUGCAUACUGAUCGUGGCGCUCGGCGACAAGCAGCCCAGCAUCGGGAAGAUCGAGAAGGAAAUCGAACGUCUAGCCAUACGAACUCAGAAGGAGCUAGUUCUUCUGCACCGGGAGGGCGGACCGAACCCCUCCGGCACCGUGCACUGGCUCAACAUGCGCACCUGGGUCAGCCAGCACCACCACGUGAGGUGUCCGCAUCGAAUGUUCACAAGGAAAAGCCAGUACCGGAUUAGCGAGCUGUACAGCAAGGUGCUGAUGUCUGAGGCCAACGUGCACUCGGACUUCAGUCGGCUGGCGCGCUGGCUCACCGCCACCGCCGUGGGGCUGGUGCUGGGGGGCGGAGGCGCGCGGGGGGCGGCGCACGUCGGCAUGAUCCGCGCCAUACAGGAAGCAGGAAUCCCAAUAGAUAUGGUGGGGGGCGUCAGCAUCGGCGCGUUUAUGGGCGCCUUGUGGUGCAUGGAGAGGAACAUCACCACUGUCACGCAGAAGGCCAGGGAAUGGUCCAAGAAAAUGACGCAAUGGGGUAGGCAGCUUCUAGACUUGACGUACCCAGCCACGUCGAUGUUCUCCGGGCGACAGUUCAAUGCCACCAUCAGGGCGACGUUUGGCGAGGUUCACAUCGAGGACCUGUGGCUGCCAUACUUCACUGUCACCACUGACAUUAGUUCCAGUUGCAUGAGAAUCCACAGGCACGGUUCGCUGUGGCGCUACAUACGCGCUUCGAUGUCGCUGAGCGGAUACAUGCCCCCGUUGUGCGACCCGGUAGACGGCCACCUCCUAUUGGACGGCGGUUACGUCAACAACCUGCCAGCUGACGUUAUGAGGUCUUUGGGAGCGAAACACAUAUUGGCCAUCGACGUUGGAUCUCAAGAUGAUACAGAUCUAACGAACUACGGAGACGACUUGUCGGGCUGGUGGUUGCUCUGGAAAAGAUGGAACCCGUUCACGACGCCGGUCAAAGUUCCCAAUCUUCCCGACAUACAGAGUCGAUUGGCUUACGUGUCUUGCAACAGACAGUUGGAGGAAGUGAAGAAAUCGGAUUACUGCGAAUACAUCCGUCCCCCGAUCGACGCGUACAAGACGCUGCAGUUCGGCUCGUUCGACGAGAUACGCGAGGUCGGCUACCGGCACGGCGCCGCCUACUUCGAGGGGCAGCGGCGCGGCGGGGGCGGGGGGGUCAGCGGGGCCGCCGCCUCCGACCGCAAGGGACCCGAGCAGCAACCGGCGCUCACCGAUUAUACGUUCACGGACUUAGCUCAGAUGGUGUGCUCGGUCCGCACCGGUCGCGACGCCGACAACGAUUCCUCCUCGUCUUCAGACUACGAGGAGGAUCAGAGGCACUUCGAGGGGUACGCCAGCGAGCCCAGCGCUGGGAUACUGGAGGAGGGUAUAAGGGCCCGACGCGUGGGAGGGUCCCUCUCGCUGUCGGAGGACGAGGUCGACUCGGAGGCGGAGGUGUACGAUCCGCUGAACAAGCGCGGCUCGAGCAGAUGAGAUCGGACCCUGCACGACUUGUGCAAGGCCCUGUACGAAUACGCGCAGUACAGUGACGAAUAAUGACCCUGAGUUGCCCUUUCGAACUCGAAAUACGAACAAUCGAUAGUUCUUCUAUAUUUUUUGGCUCCGGCACGGUUCGUGCAUUAGCCAGCGUCAAGUAAUAAGAUUUUUAUAAUUCACCGUUUUAAUUAUGUACAGUUUACGAAUAAUAAUAAAACGAAGGAAACCCAAAUUAAUUAACUGAGAUGAAAUUAAAUGAAAUGAUGCAAGGAUGAAAUAUAAUCUCAGUAAAAUGGUGGUUAUUUACUGAGACUUUUUCAGUGGACUUUUUGGAGGAUCCCGAGAAGCUACGUUCAGCGACAUUGUUUCAUUUUCCCAUAUUUAUGUACUUUCACAGAUAUUAAACAGUUGAUAAACCACCGUUAUUAGACAUUUAAACCGAAAGAAACACUAAAUAGACAAAAUAAAACAAUUCACACAACUUCGCUCUUUGCGUUCCCGCCAAAAAGUCCAAUCGAUAGUUGUGUAUGACUUUGAGAUCGCCUUUUGGGCUCGAAUGUACUUUUUGUAGUUCGUAAUUGAACUAAUAACUCGUAGUCAUUAUAAUAUAACUUUUCUCUUGACGUUAUUAUCGCUUUUGAGAUAUUAAGUAGAUAAUUUAUAAGACUUGGCUCAAAGGUAUAGUUACCGAGCCAUACAAAAAAAAAAGUUGUAAUAUUUCAUUAAAUUUCAAACGUUUAAAGUUUAUCCGGUCUCUAAGUUUUGAUCUUGAACUUCAAGACGACUUUGACAAUUCUAAUUUUCGAAUCGAAAUGAAAAUUUUAGGUGCUUAUAGCUUAAACGAGUUUUUUUAUGCGUUUUUGUAAAGUGUACAAAAUUUUAUUUGGCAUAAACUUAGUCUAGAGGUUAUUCGUGCAAAUUUUGUAUAGAAUUGAUUAUUUGAUUAUUUAGAAUAAUUAAUAAAUCCGAAAUAAUAAUUUCUUUCGAACUGUUUGUGCGUACGAAUGAUGUAUAUCUUAAUAUAAUCUUCGUUUUUUUUGCGGCUCGUACACGUAAUUUCGCGUUUAUUAUUUUUAUUUCUCACGAUUUCCUACGUUUUUGAACAUUACAGUUAUCUGCUGUUGAUUGUCUUGUAAAAUAUGUAGUUUAUUGUAAGUAUUUUUUUAAUCGAUCAAUACACGUGUUGAUUAAGAAAAGAAUGAAUGGAACGAAUGAUUAAUACAGAUAAUGUAAUUUUAUCAUGGACAUUAAAGGAUUUAUUUUGCAUUUCAAAUAAAUCCCUUAAUGAGUGUUUGAUAGUCAAUAGGUGUUUUGAAAGCGGCAUAGGCAGCUGUGCCUUUAGUAGUACAACGGCAAAAGUUAUCGUCACGUGAGCCGUACGCUUAGAAAGCAAUACAAAGAAAAAUCUGAGUAAAUUCGAUACGAGAUUUCGACGGACAUCAUCUUAAGAUUGUUUUAUUUAUUUUCAGUUAAUUGAGAAAAUUAUAUGUUUGGAUUAAUAAAUCUGAAAUUAACUGUUAAAUUAAUGUUAAUCUCGCGUCGUGGUAAUUAGCAUAGCUACAUUUAUUUUUAAGUAUAACUAAGUAUCGAUAAUUUACUAGAAAACAAGGUUCGGUAAAAAAAAAAACAUUUACCGGAGAUACAACGAUUUGAAAUACGUCAUGGGGUCAAUAUGACCCAGAACGCACGGACAGACCGUCUGCACUCGAAGGGUUAAGCUGCUUUCAGACUACGCUAUAAUAUAAUAGUAUAUAGCUCAUAGCACAACAAUAUCGCGCACCAUACAUUGUUAUGGACACGAUCACACUGUACAGUACUAUAUAUUAUUGGAUAAGUAUACGCUGCUAUACUAUAUAGCACUAUAGCAUAGAGUAGUCUGAAAGCAGCUUUAGACUGGUUUCUGUCGCGUUCAUAUACACGCCCAGAUCACGUCAUUUUUUUGUACACAUUGAAAGGCAAGCACAAUGUUAGCGAUUCUCUCAGCUUGAGCCCUUUUUUAGGAUUGAGGGCUUACUGGUGGCCCAGAAGCCUUUCCGGUUUCACAAAGACAGGUGGACGAGCAAGGGCUCAGCCAGGAGGGCCGGGAUUUGCUAACAGCUACCCGAGCGCCUCCAAGGGAGACCUAACAUCGCAAGAGUAGCUGCUUCGCUGAAUCUACCACCGGAUCGCGACUCACUGAUAAGGUCCGGCUAGAACAGGGAUGUAUCUAGGGUUAGUUCGCUCGUCGAAGUCUUCGUCCAAAUCGACGAGGUGGACGAGGACGGUGACCAGUGCUUGAGGGUUCUAAAAGCAUCGAAAGUCGAUCCGGGGAUCCGAAAAGUCAUGUUUUUGGGUGACGGCGGCUUUGCUUUGUCCCGUCACUUGGAUCGGACAUGGUCCUCAGUAGCAGUGCUCCUGAUAUCGAUCUGUAAAUCAAUUUUCGUCACAAUGACCACGAGCAAAUCGAAACAUAUUUCCCCUGUUAGUAAAUUUUACUAUUCGAUUCCCAAUACAUAUUCAGGAAAUUGUCCUGUUAAAAUCGUAAUGUCACAUCUCCCUCGCAAGAAAUUAAAGACGAAACCCUUUAGCUAUCGGUGAUAAGUUAUGUAUUUAUAGAAAUGGAAGCUAAUUACAGCUGGAUGUAUCGAGAGAUAUCUCGACAAGCUCAAUUAGAAUAAUUCAGUGAUGAUUCAGAAUGCUUGUUGUCUCUGUCUCGCAUGUCGUCGCAGCUAGCGAGUAACGUCGACAGGUAUAGUUUUGAUAUAUAGUAUUAAGUAGGAGUAAUUAGCGUUUUAAAUAUUUUUGUUUAUCGUAAAAACAAAGUAGGCGUAGGUACUCAAAAUAAAAGACAUUAUUUUAUGUUCGAAUAAAACAGUUCUUUUUUAAUUAAUCGUACGCGAAUUCAGUUUUAAUUUUUUAGUAUAUAAAGUCCAAAGUUUACUGUGAUUAAAUUCUUAGUCUUUAUAUUUGUUUAAUCAGGCUUAUUAUUGAUUUGGCUUAAAUUCAAGACAGUACUAUUUAGUUUUGUGUAUAGUUUUAGAUUUUUUUUAAAAAAGUUUGCAUUAAAAAUGUGUUUGUUAAAUAAAAAUAUGUUAUAGUGAUAGAAAAGUAGUACUAAAAAAAACUCGAGUUAAUUUGAGAAAAAAGAACAAAGCUUGCAACGGGUAUUAGUUAAUUAAAGAUUGGCAAAUUCUGAAAGAUCUUUUUAAUACUGAAAUUUACAAUUAAUUCUACACAUAAAGUCUAUACCGUUAUGAUUAGAACGUUCAAAUUGUUCUAAUGUCUCUAGAAUUAUAAUCAUUGGAUCUACAAACAAACAAAAACAAACAACACAGGAUAAAACUUAAAUGUCCCUACAUGUAACUAAGAGGCUUUGUAGUACUUGAUACUACAGUAUUUAUUAGUGAUUUUAAGCUAUUGCAUACCUUUAUGUCGGGUUUUGAGCGCGGCGACCGAAUCAAGAAAUUCCGUAACGAAAAUAAAACCUAACACCCCCACUCCGCCUACCAUGUAACUCCGGUUCAACACAUUCACACGUUGCGCUUGUGUAGUAUUUGUGAAUAAGUGCGCAGCGUGACGUCGCGCUGCGUGCGCAUCAUGAAAAGUCUGCUCAUGUCACUCUCGCGCGGUCUGUCUACCUUACGAGUGUGAAGGGGACAGUUAAUAUUUUGCUUUUGUUAAUGUUUAUAAAUAUAGCGUGGUUUUAUUUUAUUAUUGUUUUAAUAUUAAAUUAUUAUUGUCCAAUUAUAAUUGCAUAAGUUGAUAAAAAAUGCUAUGCAAUAGCUUUACCGCGGCAGUCCCCGAGUGCCACACGUGUUUUUUUUUUUAAUGUAAUAGCUCCGACUGAAGAUAAUUUCGUCUUCUACCGGUCUAGCGAACUUCGUUUCGUAAUCAUGGUUCGUACUAAAAUUACAUAUGCCAGCGUGUUUGCUGAUUUAUCCGUUCAUGUGGCCACGGAGCAAUGAAGCGACAAUCGCUUUGCGUUGAGGCAGCUUGAGGGCUUUGAUUAAGCCGAACUAUGUUUUUGUGUUUGAAACCGCAAUUCACUUUAAACAAAGAAUCCAUCGAAUUGCCAUGGUGUUUGAACGUUUAAAUACCCCAAUAAAACAAUGUAGCAUGGAAUGUUAAGUGAAAAGUGUGAGUUUUUAAUGCAAAACAGACUAGGUAUUAAUGAGGCUAUGGUUUAUACCCAGUUAUAUAUACAGUAUGUGGUUUUUUGUGAAGGGUUUAUUAAAAUUACAAAUCAUAAAAAAAUGCAUUCGCAUGUAAAAGCUAAACAAAUUACUACAGAUUGUUAUUAAAAACGCAUUAUGUUAAAAUUGUUUAUUAAAAUGACGCUUUUCUGAAGAAGUAAAAAGGUUUUUUGUCAGAAGGCUCUAUUCAAAAUUAUCAGUUUGUGAAGCGUUACACUUGUGAUAUGAAUUUUAUAGCAGCAUAAAAUGUUGGUGCCAUUUUAGCUUUUAAGGUACUAAAUUAACCCUUAAAGAGAAAAGAAAAAAAUUAAAAGAAAGAAAAGAAAAAGAAUUAUUCCACUAGAAAAAAUAACGCACGUUUGUAUCAAAUGCAAUAUUGUGUUUUAUUUUUUGUAAUAACUACUACUUAAUACUUAAAUUUGUUUCUAGGUAGCCAGUGGUAGUUAUAACUAUUUUAAAAAGAAAAACUUAAAUAUUUAACGUAGUAAAGAUUGCUUUAAAUCUUAUUCAUAAUAGUAACAUUUGAAGGGUUAGUUUUAGGUUAAUUUUUUUUGCCAAAUAUAUUUGUUAAUUUUACAAACCGCCAACUAUGCUUGUACUUCCAAUUCUAAAUGCGUAUCUAUCUCUGCGUACCUAGUUAAUCAUUUUAAUGUGAUGUAACAUUUAUGAUACCAAAAAUAAUAGAAUUGUACAUAAAAUUAAUGAUCGAGUCUCGGAAAGCCAAACAUCUAAAAGUGUUAUCUUACGUAUUAUAAUUAUUUGCGUUCAGAGAUUAUUUCUCAGUGAACGACUGAUUAAUUAAUUACAUGUCUGUCGAGGCACAAGUCUCGUUUGAAAAACCAAAUGUGUAGCUCAAAAUAGAGUAUUAAAAUGCAAUAAAAUGCUUUAAAAUAA